UUCCGGUAAGAUUUCGGCAGUGGAGAAACCAAACUUGGUUCCGCUUGUGAAGAUUGCUGUCGGGAUGGUAACAUUACAGAUACAAACAUGGUACUACCUCAGAAUUCCAAAUGAGAAGUGUACGUGAAAUGGCUGCAUUGUUAGCCCUACUUCUGGGCCUACUGGACACUUUACUGGUGAUGGGACAGAGGACCAAACCAUCUGCAUUUGAUCAAAAGCCGCCAGUAGAGUGCAGUGGUGAUCGCUAUAUAACCCCCGAUGAGAGCUGUGUAAACUGUACUGAAUGUCCGCCAGAUCUUAUCGUAAUUGAGUUUUGUCAUGCAGAUAAAGACACGGUCUGUGGGCCAUUUUUAGGCUUUUCCUUUGAAGUCCAGGGAUCACAUGGAUCACAGAAAGUAUUGUCAGAUACACUGUAUAAUAAAACACUGCCAAAGUAUGACCUUGUGGAGAAGAGUGACAUGGAACACUGGCGUGAAUUGGCCUUCUCUCUGAUAGGGGUAUUGUGUUUGCUUGUCGUGGUAGCUACUGUCAUUGUUUUCGUGACAUACGCCAGAUUUCUGAAGUAUCGGCAGACUAAGACGAGGAGUCAGUCAUCUUCAGAAAGAGGUGAAAUGGAGGGGGAAUAUGUAGUAAUACAUAGACGUCCUUCCAGCUAUGUCCCCUCAUCUCUGGAAGAGUUCACCCAGAUCUCCAACGGUUCCCCUGUGUCCCCACUCCUAGAACACCUGUCCCAAAACACCUCUCACCGUGCUAACGUCGACCGGUACACACGACUUCCACGUCGCAACAACUAUCGGCCGCAGAGAAGACUUCUCAAUGAGUAUGUUGAUGAUGUGUUCGAGUCUGAUAACAGUGAUGGGUCAAGGUCGUCUGGGAUAAGGGGUCACCUGCAGACAAUUCCAGAGACUCCUGAUGGGGAUGUCUAGAUCAGUAAAACGUUUGUAUAUAUGUGAAGAGAAAUCCGACUGUGAGUCAAGAUCUCUAGAAUGUUUGGUUGUGAGGUGGACAAGAGUAAAUAUUUAUUUAAAUGUCUACUGAUUUUGAGGAUAGAUGAUGUUCUCUGUAAUAACUGUGUAUGAACAUGUACAAUGAUUUUUUGUAUGCUGAGAGUUACAAAAAUGAGGUUAUUUUGCAUUUUUUUGUAAAAGAGAUGUUGAAAUUGUGUAGUUUUAGUCUAAAUUAUAUUAAAUGAGCUGAAUGUAGAUUAACCGUUUGGCUUAUAUAAGGAUACAGUCCUGUAUGUUCACUUACAAUAAUGUAUGUUAAUAGUGACUGUGUAACACCUUCAUAACAAACCCAAUAGGACCCUUAUGAGUAUUGGGAGUAACAAAAAUAAACAUGUUUCAGUUCAAAAGAUCUGAAAAAAUAUGGUAGUAAUUUAUGGGUAGGAAGGCUAUAUAGGAUUUCACUUUUUCAAGUAAUUUGUUUCCCAUUAACCUUUCCUCAAUGUAUGUAGCAAUGCUUGUUUCAAAUUUGCAUGGUACAAUUUUGCAGGAUUAGGAGUAAAAGUGUUUGUAGUUAACAGGUAUUCCAUAAAGUCUACAGUGAUUAUUACAAAUUUUGUCUUCUCUACUCCUUUCUGUCUGUUGUAAAAUGUUUAAUGGGACAGUAACGUUGAAUGUGUAAGAUGACCCUUGGCCCAUGCAUGCUACCAAGUCUUCAGAAAAUCCUUAUUUACGUUUCCUUAUGUUAACACCUAGCGGUUGUGUGUACAAUUUGUAGGUUUUGCUUAAAACAAGUUACUUUGUAAUAGAAAGAUAGUAAUUAUUUUAAAGCAUGCAGUGCCUAGUAUACUUUUAGUCUUACAAUAAUGCUAAAAUGCACUUUAUAUUGAUUUAUUUUUAUUUUUACAAAUUUGUCCUGUUUUUUAUUCUUAAACUUAACCGUUGAAGCAAAUUAUGAAGCAUGCCUAAAACGUGCCAAAAUGGCAUUAAACUGUUUUUAUUUGAGCAUGAAAACAGUAUGUGCGAUCAUAUCUUCAAAGUUCUUUCUAAACUGACCAAGUAAAUUAUUUUAAGUGUCAUUUUUCAGUCUGUCAUUUGUGUUAGAACAGUUAUUUACAAUUUCUUCAUGUUUUAAAUAUCACGAUUUAUCUAUUUUAUUAUUGUAACAUACAGGAAGAUUUUUUAUUUGGAGUCUUAAAUCUCAUAAUUUUUUUUAAUUUAAAAUAUGAAGUUUAUAACACUUCAUAGAUUCUGAAUAAACUAGACUUAAUAUUUAUAGAUUUAUUCCCCAGGUAAAUUGCUACAGUUCUGUACAUUAAUUUUAACGUAAAGGGAGUAUAUCACAUCCUCAAACUGAUAAAAAUACAACAUUUGCUUUGUGCACAUGGACUAUAUACAAAUAGACUUUAUUCUUAUACCUGUGAAUCAAACACUAUAUAAAUGUAAGUUUAGGAUUAAAGUCUUUAAAGAUUGUAGCUAAGCUAAGGUAUCAUUUAGUUCAAACGUAACUAAUUUUAGGGGAAAUUUUAAUCUGAGCAUUGACGUUUUAUUUUGGGGGGAAAUGGGGCUUGGACUUGUGUUCAUGUGUACUCACUGUAUGCAAUUGUAUUUAUUUAAUUUUUUGUUAAGAUUGAACACAAAUAAUGUUUUGAUUAAUUUCAAAAUUUUGAGACGUGUGUGUAUGAAUAUUUCAGGGUGAUUUUAAAAAUAUAUGCAUUAAUCAUCCAUCCCAAACCAUCCUCUGAAUAGUAUUUAUUUAAAAAUUAAUCUGUUAAGAAUGCAUUUCUUGAAAUUUAUUUUAUCGUGUCAGAUUUUAAAUGAAUAUGUUGUUUUUUGUUGCAUCUUAAAAUGUCUAGCCAUAUUCAGAAAUACAUCAGUAAUACCCUGACCUUGCUUGAAAGUUCCAUCAACUGACUAAAGUUGAUUAUCUUGGAAGAAAUUUUAUUCAUUUUCUGAAAAAUGAACCAUUUUGACUGUUUGGCAUAGAUUUACAAUUACGUGUAUUAGAUUUGCAUAGAUAUCCAAUGCCUUUACAGUUUGGUUGUACACCUUAACUCUGCCAAACAGUAACAGAACUAUUUUACAAAUUUGGUUGUAUAUAACGAAAAACAUAAAUAUAUAAAUAGUGAAGGUUCUAUUUUAGUUUACAGGUAUGCCAUGUUUGAUUAUACAAUAUCAUUAUUUAAAAUUAGGUGAAAAUACCUUUAUUUCUGAUAUACUCUCUUGAAAAUGUAAUUUAACAAAUCAAAUCAUACACAUUAUAAAUAGCAAGGUCAGUAAUUAGGUGGCACUAGAUAGUGCACUCAUCACCUUUCACCAAGCGGACUAUACAUAUAUACAUGGUUCCAUUUAACGCGAUCAUAUAUUAAAAGAUAUGAGGUUACCUGUCCAACAUUCUCAAAGUUUUUGAGGAUGGUUUUUCUGGACAUUCUAAUUUUUCUUACAUUAAGACAUUCUGCAGGUGAAUUAAAAGUUAUUUUCUAUUUAUUUUUUAUUUUUUAUUUGGAACAAGGAAUUUAAAGUUAGAGCAAAGUUUCAACUAGGUUGAAUGAUAGUGAAUACUUAACAGAUAUUCUAAACACAGUUAUGAGUAUCAUACUACAGUAUCUUGGUUUUGUUUAAAGGUAAAUGCUUAUGAAUAUAAAUGGUACUCUUAUUAUUUUGAUUUUAUUAUAGUUUCCUUAUACUUGGAACAACUUAAACAUGCCUUCUUAACCCAGACAAAAAUAUUGCUAUAAUCUGUAUUCUUUUUAUUUUACUUAAUGAUACCAAAAUUGGAAAAACCAUGAGAUAUACAUUGUAUGUUAUAUGCACUGGUUAGGUAUAUGAGGGUUUGAUUCUAUUUGUUAUGUCAGCAGAAUAGUGACAUUAUUAUGUAUUUCAUUUCUUUGUUGUGUGUACUAUGUGAAUAUUCUGACCAGAUACAGCAAUGCAAAAUAUUUUACAUGAUGUUCACAUAGUAAUGUAUAUAUGUUUAUGUAAGUAAGUUGGUGAGUUAACGUGUUGUGUUUCUGGUCUGUUUUGGUUGUGUUCAAUGAUUUUUGCCAAAGAAACAUACUGUAUAUUAGUAAUUAUAAAUGUACUUAUCAAUGAAGACUACUAAAAACAACCCUUCAUUUACUGUACAUGAAUAUGUAUGUUUUUAACAUAUUGACCAGAUGUUAAAUUUUAGAAAAAGAGUUGUUGUAUUCAUUGUUUAAAUUUACAAUUUGCUAAAGGUGCCCUGGCUUUCAGCAGGCCCUUGAUAGUACAGUAUUCUUUUCACUCUUGAAAACAAAUUUUCACUUUUGGGUUGAAAGUACAAUGUAUGUCUACAUGUAGUGUAUUUGGCAUUUGUUUUGACCCUAUAUAUUUCAGGGAAAGUGUUGAUAAGACUUCUGAAAUUGCUGUCUGUCGAGGGUCAUUUGAAAGCCAUGGGUUCUGAAACACCUUUUGUUGAUCCACUGAUCUGUAUCCCAAUUUGUAAAUUGGUUUUGUUAUAAAUAUCUUAAUUCAUGUUCCACACCAAUAGGUCUUUGGUUGGUUGUCAUGUUUAUUUUCAUUGGUUUUACUGUUAAAGCAUAGAGAAUUUGCUGGAUAUUAAUUUCACAGUUUUAUACAAACUGUUUGGUUUUAGUGUAUUUUAGCUAGAUCUUACACUAAAAGUACCUAUUGUAUCAAAUAUCGGAGUCCGAAAAUCACUGAUUCUGAGUUGCUGCAUUUCCAUAUGAGGUAGUUACAUUAAAAAAAAAAAUACAACACAGAUUUAGAGUUAUUUUAAAAUCUGAAUUUGUCAACGAAUCAAUAGUCAGAAAUUGAAGAUUUUUUUUAUACAAAAGCAUUCAUAUUGUGUCUGCAGGAUAUCCUAUUAUAUAUAUAUAUGUAUAUAUCUUAUAGUUUUCAUCCAUCAAAAACCAAUUUAUUUGAAUAUUACAAUGCAAGUACACAAAAUAAUUGUGAAAUAAGUUUAGGUCGAAAGCCCACUUGGGUCAGUUUGUUAACCAAUGAACCUAUUACGCAUGUUAAGAUAACAAGACUAAGAGUUGCCUCCCUUCAUUCACAUUUACCAGAACCGGAGUCUAAAACCAAUACUUCAUCACUGAAUUCAAUUAUUUCUAGCUUCAUAAGUCAUGACUCUUUAAGUUUAUUUUUCAAAUUUAACUUUUUGCAACCAAUGUGUAGAAAUUAAGAUUUUUACAUGAAAUUAUGUGAGGAUGGCCAUUUUGAAUCUUUAAACAUUUAUUAGGAAAUGUGCUCUGUGGUAUAGUGGAAGACUACCAGACAAUAGGGGUUUAAAAUACAGAACUUUAUAAUAAUUUAUUGUAGAAUAUUCUCUCAAAUUAAUGUUUGCAAAGUCUUCACAAUCGUCCGUAAGUGCUGGUCUUCUACUGGAUGUUGUGUCAUACAAUGGCUAGUGACUGUAGACAUGUAGAUACUUUGUAAGUGUGAAAUGAUUGAUGGUGCUAUUCUGGGACAUAGUAGUAGGUCCCAGUACGAUUUAAUUUGUUAUGGUACUACUAAACCCCCAUGCAUUGUAAUCUGUUUAACCUUUGAGUAGGGCAAUACCAAGAGCCUACUACUGCAUGUACAUCCACAUUUCUAUAUCAAUUCAUCAGGUUUUAUUUAAGGACCCACGUACCACUGCAAAAUAAAAAUAACUUGUAACUUUUCACGGGAAAACUCUUAUCCUGGCAUAGCUUUGAUAAAACAUUUCUGAAAAGAAAACCUUUCCUCUUGGAUUUUUUUUGAAAAAAAUGAAUAUUAAAAAAGCAAUGAACCAAAAAUAGUUACCAACAUUUGAGUGCAACCUCGUCAGUAGUUGUGUACCCGUGACAAAUCACGCUUCAUCCAAAAGCAAAAAUUAAAGGGAGGUUACUGUAUGCACGAAAUACUAGGGUAGAACUCUCUAAUGUUUUGCCUGCAGUGGUACAAAGAUCCUUAAUUUAUUUGAUUCACUUGUCAUAUGUUUAUAUCUGCAGUAUUGAAUCACUGUCUAUCGGGACAACUCGGUCCGAUAUCCUGUUUGGUAUUUGUUUGCUCAUAGACGGUGCAAAAAUAUUAACUCAUUACUCACAUAAAAUUUGUCAUCAUACUGUGGAAAGUUUCAGCAUUUCUAAUAAAUUUCACUCCAUUGUAACAAUUUGCAGUCGCUGACGAAGUAAUGAUUUAUUUCUGUUCUAAUUUCACUGCGAACUUUUAUAACUUAAUAAUUAUAUAUGAUUGACCGCAAAUUAACUUUAAAACAACUUACGAUGCAACAAGAUUAUCUUGGCAAUAUUUUUUAUUCCAUUAAACGUUUUUAAUAC